AGCGUUUCUUGUUUGAUAGAAUGAAUACCCAUAGAAACUAUAAUACCAUAUACUACCCAGUGGCUAUACCCCCUGACCCUUUAGAACGGUAUGGUUCUGCUCAUCUCGAUCAAGACAUCCUGGGCAUCUCAGUAUCUCGUUUGACACUCAUUCAACAAAUGGACUUUGUUCGAAGAGUAUUGCUUAUCACAACAGCACAAUUCUUUUCUAUCUCCUUAUUGAUUAUCUUUAUUAUACGUAUUUGCCCUUUAUUUGAAUGGCUUAAGAAUAGUACAUGGGCCUGGUGGAUUCCUAUCUUGCCUUUGUUUGUGAUUGCCUUGUUUAUUAUGUGGCAGUUAUACAGUCAAUUCUUUCAUCUCUCGGUCCUGACUCGGACUGUCCUUUUGAGCCUGUAUUCAGCCUGCAUGGCACUCGUGACAGCCAAUGUGGUUGCCAAACUCAUGUAUGAAGAAGGCCAGUCUGUUUUUAUCAUGACCAUUUUUGGACUUGCUUGCUCGGUCCUCUAUACCUUCCAAAGACGGUUUCCGUUCAAAGGCGCAUUUCCAUUUGUGUGUAGUCUAGGCGCUGUGUGUCUAUCUUCCUUAUGGCUGAGAUACAUUUACGACAUGGAUCCUAUAGAAAUCCUGCUUCCUAUCACGGUUGCCAGUCUUAUUUGUAUUUAUAUCAUGCUAGAACUUUACUACAUCAUGUACAAUGUCACUUUAGAUGACUAUAUGCUGGCUAAUAUUUAUUUAUUUAUUGAUCUCCUUUAUCCUAUUAGAUUUAUACACCACUUUUGUGAAUUAACAGAUAAUCUCAACAUGUUCCCAGAUAUUUUGUAUCCAGGGGAAUAAACAAAUUUUUAUUCGGAGCCGUAUGUUUAUGUGUGUGUGAUUUUUUUUUUUUUUUUUAUUU